CCCUCACUUCCAGCAAACACGACGACGAGAUCGAAGAAAACGGACAAAAUUCUGAGCUCAACCAUCCAACGGCGGGAGGUCAAUCAAGACUGUUUGGUACCAACAAGAAUGUUGUUGGUUGUUGUAUCUUCGACAACAAAGACAGGCACCGGCGGCGAACAUAAAAGCUUGGUCGGUGCCUCUCAAUGAAGACAUCCGACCCAUCUCAAUCAUCAAGCCAUCAUUCUCAACCCGCACUGCGGCCUUCGGCUCGGAAGAAAGCAUGUCUUCCCAGGACCCAAAACCAAAGAAGAACCUGAUAAUCGAUACCGACCUCUUCAGUGACGUCGACGACGCCGGCGCCCUCCUCCUGGCAUCCACCUCCCCUCACAUCAACCUCCUUGGUGUUCUGGUCAACAAACCCUCCACCUACUCCGUCCUCGCCGCCUCCGCUAUUGUCUCAUACUACACCCCUUCUCAAAGUAAAUCCAUCCCCAUCGGCGUGUUCCGCCACCCAACCAGCGAUGGCACUGUAAUCCCCCUUCCUGACACCACCUUUCUUGACGUGGUGCACUGGCACCUAGGGGAAUUCGUUUCCAAAAUCGCCUACCAGUUUGGCUCCCCUUCCUCCCCGGAUUACGUCAAAAAGCCAGAGGGACCAAGCAUACCAUGGGGACACGCCGAAGACGCCUGGGACGCAGUUCACCUUUAUCGAAAGCUACUUAGCGAAGCGGACGACGAGAGCGUGACAAUUGUAUCGAUAGGGUUUCUUGAUAACCUGUCACUUCUCCUCGACUCGCUAUCUGAUUCCUUUUCUCCAUUGACUGGGCGCCAGUUGAUCUCGCAGAAGGUGGCAGAGCUGGUGGUCAUGGGCGGUCGGUACCCAGAGGGAAGAAGUUGGAAUUUCUUUGGUUCUGACCCUGAUUCACCUCAUCAUAAUGGGGGACGCGGACUGGGAUUGGGACCAAAGGGGACGGCGAAUGUAGUUAAUAAUUGGCCGACACUUCAAAGAGAUGGGUGGAAGGGAAGGGUGGUGUACGUCAGUGAUGAAGUUGGUGGGAAUGUCCUAACCGGCGCAGAGUUGGUGAAGAAGGGGCCAAAGGGGGAUCCGGUCGGUCGUGCUUAUGGGUAUUAUGCUUAUGGCGAGGCUAGACCGAGUUGGGAUCCGGUGGCGGUGUUGUAUGCCAUUGAUGGAUUGGGGGAGCUGUUCAAGUAUGAUGAGCGAUACGGACAUGGAAGGAACUGGGUGAAUGAAAAAGAUGGAUCAAAUAGGUGGAUUUUGGAAGUGGAGACGAAGAAUCAGUUUGUGCUGGCGUUGAAGGCAGAUCAUGAGACGGUGGCGAGGGAGAUUGAUGGCUUGUUUCUCGAGGGAGUGUUGAGCGCGGUCACGGAAAGGGAUGGCCCGUGACCUACUGUAUCGAGAAGACGGGCAGGUCCCAAGUUCUGAGCCGGUCAGCCACUUGGAAACCACUGCACUCGUUCGAACCCGGUGCUUCCCCGACUUUGCCUUCCACUUGAGGUUGAAAGGAAGAAAAGGACUACGGCGGGGAAAAGCGAAGAUACAUCAGCGUUCAUUCAGUACUUGUACUAUAAUUAUACCAUAAGGAUGAUUACGCCGAGAUCUCAAUCAUAGUGUAUUCAGUUUUUCCCUAGUACUAGCAGAAUGACUCAGCUACAUCAUACACGACACAAG